AUGAUGUGAUGAUUUCAAUGGGACAUAGUGAAUUUCAAUACCUUCCCAUUGGAGAAUAUAAAAGUCGCAUAGAUGAACCUUUGUCGAUCUAUAAUAAGACUUACUUUUCAAAAAAAUUAGAGAAUGUAUUCAAGAAUUCAAGAAAAAAUAAACGGGAUUUGAGCUUAUUGUUUUUUGAUUUAGAUCAUUUUAAAAGUAUUAAUGAUCAAAAUGAUCAUUCGACAGGAGAUUACGCUUUAAAAGAGCUGGCUAAUUUGAUUCAGAAAAAUCAUGUCCGCUCUGAAGAUAUUUUUGCAAGAUAUGGUGGAGAUGAGUUUACUAUUCUUCUCAAGGAUGCAGAUAUAAAUUUGGCGUCUAAAAUUGCUGAAGAAAUUCGAGCUUCUGUAGAAGGUCACCCGUUUAUUUAUAAUGAAACCCAAUUAUCAGUUACGCUUAGCAUUGGAGUUUCCGAAAUGAAUUCUUCAGUAAAAACUUUUGACGAGUUGCUUCUAUAUGCUGACAAUGCAUUGAAGAAAGCUAAAGAAUAUCGCAAUCGUGUAGUAAUAUGGAAUAAUGAACUAAAUUCAAUCUCCGAAACCGAAAAUCAUCUAAAAGAUUCACAUAAUAAAUCCGCUGAAGACGAAUGCUAUCCUAUGGAAUCAUUUUCUUCUUCAACAAUGGAUGACGAAAUUGGCAUCACAAUCAUUAAAACAGAUUCAGAGAAUAAAAGACCAGAAUAUACGAAAAAAAAAAUGGGGCUCGAAUUUCACGAAAAGAUGAAAAUUACAGAAUUCGAUUUGUUACAAUUAGAACAUGAGAAAGGCUUUAAAUUUGAUACAGAUGGUUCUAUUGAAAAUGCUAAAGAUAAAGCUUUUAAAAUUGACAUUAGCAAAAUUGAAUCUCCUUCGGAUCCAAGAUGUGAUCGUAAAGACAAAACAUACAAAUGUAAUCAUGCACCUAGCACUAAUUGUAAACGAAACCUUAUAAUUGAUGGAAAAUUUUCGGCUGCUUUAGAAUG